AUGAAUUGUGAGGGAAACUUUAUGUUAUCACUAAAUUAUAAAGUAGAAGAUGAAGAUAUCAUGCAGCGCUCUUCAAGAGGAAACCUUAAUAUACAUCCAGGACUUCACAGUCUAGCUCAACCAUAUAAUCCCUCUAAUAAUGAGAAACCUUCUCCUCACCCAUCACAGAUUGCUACCUCAAGUACAGGUCAGAAAGGGGGUGAAAGGUUUCAACAUGCCAAAGAGUUCACAAAAAGCUCAGGUCUUUCUACAAAAAGAAGAAUUCACAAAGGAGAGCAGCCAUAUUCAUGUUCAGAAUGUGGGAAGUGCUUUGCAGAAAAAUAUGGUCUUAUUAGACAUGAGAGAAGUCACACAGGUGAGAAGCCAUAUUCCUGUUCCGAAUGUGGGAAGUGUUUUAAACAUAAAUCAAGUCUUGUUUCCCAUGAGAGAAUUCACACAGGAGAGAAACCAUAUUCUUGUUCAGAAUGUGGGAAAUGUUUUACACAGAAAUCAAGUCUUGUUUCCCAUGAGAGAAUUCACACAGGAGAAAAACCAUAUUCAUGUUCAGAAUGUGGAAAAUGUUUUAAAAAAAAAUCUAAUCUCAUUACACACGAGAGAAGUCACACAGGAGAGAAGCCAUAUUCCUGUUCAGAAUGUGGGAAGUGUUUUAAACAUAAAUCAAGUCUUGUUUCCCAUGAGAGAACUCACACAGGAGAGAAGCCUUAUUUUUGUUCAGAAUGUGGGAAACGUUUUAAAGAUAAAUCACAUCUUGUUAUACAUGGGAGAAUUCACACAGGAGAGAAGCCAUAUUCAUGUUCAGAAUGUAGGAAAUAUUUUACGCAUAAAUCAAGUCUUGUUAUACAUGAGAGAGGUCACACAGGAGAGAAGCCGUUUUCAUGUUCAGAAUGUGGAAAAUGUUUUAAAACUAAAUCAAAUCUUCGUACACAUAGAAAAGGUCGGCCGAUCCGGGUACAGUCAGACAACGCCACGGCAGUGGCCUAUAUCAAUUACCAAGGAGGAACCCGCAGUCAAGCAGUAAUAGCGGAGUCGGCCAAAAUCCUGCGGUGGGCAGAGACCCAUGUUCCAGCUCUUUCGGCGGUCCACAUUCUGGGAGUGGAGAAUUGGACCUCAGAUUUCCUCAGUCGGACGACGAUGGACCCAGGGGAGUGGUCUCUGCACCCGGAGGUGUUCCAAGCGAUCUGUCUCCGGUGGGGUCAACCGGAGGUGGACCUGAUGGCGUCCCGGCUCAACCACAAACUUCACGCCUUCUUCUCUUGA